AUGGGUUGCGGGGAGGAAUGGGGGAGUUGGCGGAUGGUGGCAUGGGGGGACGAGUGGUGCAAGGCAAGGCAAGGAGCAGAUGCCUUGCACGCAACCCAACCAUGCGAGUACUCCAAGUACUCCAAUGAGCUGCGGGUGGCGUGUGGGUCGGCAGAGGAGGCGCUCAUUCUGCGCAACACACUCGCAGUCGACCCCGAGCUGCAACCCGACAAGCUCAUGCGAGUGAUAUCGGUCCACAACAUCCACCUCUCCGUCUCCUUCUCGUGCCCCGAUGCCCGUCUCCUGCGGGCGGCAUUCAAUGCCUUCAUGGACUCGCUCAUCCUCGCUGCGUGCACCAUCGAGGCCUUUGGCCCGCCUCCUCCCUCGCAACAACCAUGCCUGCAAUGA